CCUCCCUCUCUGAUACUUUCACAUUCCCUCUAUAUAAAUGCUCGACUGCCAGCAUUCUUGCAUGAAAGCAUAUCAUCUCUCCUCUCUCUUUGUCGUUUGAUUAGUGACAGUAUCGACCCAAUGGCCUCUCUUUCUUUGAGUUCUUCAUCAUCAUCAUCUUCAACAUGGACCCAAAAGCAGAACAAAGCGUUUGAAAGGGGGUUAGCCAUAUUCGACAAGGAAACUCCUGACCGUUGGGAGAAUAUAGCUUCCAUGGUUGGUGGAAAAACGGUGGAUGAAGUGAAGAGGCACUAUGAUGCGUUGGUUGAAGACUUGAAGUGCAUCGAGUCGGGUCAGAUCCCCAUCCCUAAUUACAAACACCCCACUCCUAAGAUUAAUGACUCUUCCUCCAGGUUCAACUCAAAUUCAUCCUCUCUCAUCACCGACGACGAUCACCGGCUCAUGAUGUAUCUCAAGUUGCAGUGAAUAAAGUCCUUCAACAAACCUUUUUUCUCUGGAGUAUGAGGAAUGGGUUUGUUACCUACUUAAAUCAAGAAUGCUGCUGGGAGCAGAAACAUCUCUCUAUCUCUGUCUAUCUGUCUAUCUGUCUGUCUCUCUGUCUCUCUGUCUGUCCAUCUAUCUCUAUUAAUAUGUGAUGUGGGGGAGGAGAGGGGGAAGGAGGGAGGAGUAACGUGGGUUGGGGUGGUUUCUCUUCUUGCCUUUUUACUGUCUACAGCUAAUGUGUCUGAAUAAGAGUUUGUAAUUAUUUAUCAUUUUACAAGUAGACGUUUUUGUCAUUA